AUGGAAACAACAAAGAAUAAUAAUACUAUGGACCAAAAAAUUCCGGAAAAUAACUUCGAUGACCCAUUAGCCAAGUAUGAUGACAUUGAUGUAUCGAAACAUGCAAUUGAGUUGAAUCAGAUUCAGUGUGCGUACUUACACAGCUUACUCCCUGGGAAUACAUAUAAAUUUCAGCCUGAAGAAUCUACUAAAAAUCAAAUGAUCAGAAGGAAAAACAAGAGAAAGAAGAAAGCUAAGUCUGGGAAAACAGAUAGUGUUAUCUCGAAUAGUGAUAAAAUGAGUUUUAUUGAAAGAAACCUUCCUGAAAAUAAUGAUAUAAUAAAGAAAAAGGAUUCAACUACCCCUUCAAAGGCCCCAGUGGUGAAGGAUAGAGAUGAAGUAUUCAGAAAUGGGUUUGAACAUGAAGAUAAGAAAUCAGAAGAGAACUAUGAUAAGGAGCUUGAUAUUUCUGAAUCGAUAAGCUCAUUUAAGAGUGAAGAAGAAGUGGGUCCUAAGAAGAAACCUUCUGAGGCUCAUUCUAUACAAAAAGCUGAAGAGUGAAAGGUUGAAAAACCUGCUUCUCAGUCAGAUCAAGCUCCUCCUCAGGAAGCUAAGAGUAAUGGAGAUCAACCAAGUGUAUUCCCUCGGCUUAGUAAACAAGAAAAGAGGAAGUUACGAGAGAACAUCUUUGAGCUAAAGACUAAUCAAAUAAAAGGAGUUAUUAAAAUAGUUACCAAAGGAAAAGAAAUCCAGAAGGAAAGCCUGGAGUUCGACAUUAGCAAACUUUCCCCCAGAACGGCACAUACUCUGAAAAAAUACGUGGAUGAAUGUAAAAGCUGAGGAGAGGCCACUCAGAUGGAGUCAUAAGCUCUGAGAGGGUAAGCUACUUCUUUGUGAUUUCCAGUGUAACAAAUACCGCAAUUAGAAUUCAUUUUUUGUUCUGU